AUGGUAACCUUCAAAUCACUGAUUGCUGGCUGCGUUGGUAUCGGUGCCUCUAAUAUGACAUUUUCCACACAGACAUCUCCAAUUGCAGCUCAUCGUCAAAAGCGUGUUGGCACUGCUUACAAUUACUGGACUACCAAGGCAUGGGGUGCCAACUUGGGUAACUGGCUUAUCCUUGAAAAGUGGAUGGACGGUAGUAUUUUUAAGAAAUACGCUCCCCAUGCCAAUGACGAAUGGACAUUUGCUCAACAAGCAUCCAAUCCCUCUGCUGCCUUGACUGAGCAUUGGAACAACUGGAUUACAGAGAACGAUUUCAAGAUCUUGGCUAGUGUCAAUGCCAACCACGUACGUAUCCCUGUGGGUUACUGGGCUUUUAUUAAACCCGAUGCUGGAGAACCUUAUGUAUCUACUGGUCAAAAGGCUCAAAUUGAACGUAUCUUGAGCUACUGUGAUACUUACAACUUGUAUGCCAUUAUUGACUUGCACGGUCUUCCUGGGUCUCAGAAUGGUGAAGCACACUCCGGCCACAUUGGACCUAUUGAUUUCUACAGUGAUUACAACAUUCAACGUGGAAUCAAAACCGUGCAAGCGAUUGUCGACUGGAUGAAUGGCCUCAGUAGUAAUCUGAAGGCAAGAAUCGCAUCUAUUGAAGCCGCCAACGAGCCCAGAGUCUCUGGAGAUCAGCUGAACACUUUAAAAUACUUUUAUACUCAAGCAUUCAACAUCAUCGAUGCGUCUGAAUUCAAGGUGCCCAUGAUGUUCCAUGACGCUUUCCAAGGCCUUGAUGCUUGGAACAACUUCUUGCCUGCUCCCGCCAAUGCUGUCAUUGAUCUCCAUCCUUACUAUGCUUUCCCUCCCAAAAAUGACAAGAUUUCCAUCAUCAACUGUAUCUGCAACACCAAAUUAUCUGCAUCCAGCUUCCAUCUUCCCGUCCUGUUUGGUGAAUGGUCUCUAGGAUCUGGUGUUCCUAGUGACGAUACUUGGUUAAGACAAAUGAUGGAUACACAAGUCGCUGUUUACAAAGAAUCCGGCGCUGGCGGCAUCUUCUGGGCCCUGAAGAACAACAUCAAUUCCAGUGUUUGGUCCUUUGAGCAAUUGGUAAGCGAAGGCAUCAUCAACUCUGGCACCUUCUCCCAUCAUACUAAUGCCCAAUAUUAA